AAUUAUAUGACUCCAGUCUUCAGUGAAUGGAACCUACUAUCCUUUCAGUAAUUUUGAGUAUGGAUUUUCCUCUGCAUGAAACAUGCCUUCAUGGAACGUUCGAGUCCCUGAAAAAAAUGGUGAAAUCUGGCAAGUUUUUCAUCGACUGCGAAAGUCCAACUGGCGUUACACCUAUGGGAAUAGUUGCAGUGAGAUUAUACGUAUAUCGACCCCAGGAUGUGGAUUCAAGAUCUGUUAGGGAAUAUGAAAGGAAAAUCAUAUUCCUUCUGCAGAAUGGUGCCAAUCCGUUGAAGAAAUGGUGCGGAGGAACUAUAGCCGACCUGAUAUUUCAAGGAGGAAACCAAUCAAUGAUACACUUGAUGUUCAAGUAUUUCGAAGACGUGGACACACCUCUGAAUUCUUUCGGGCACACAGCGCUCAUUUCGGCUAUACGAAGAGGAUUCUACAAAACUGCCGAAAUUUUGUUGGGCUUGAAAGCCGACGUCAACAAGGGAUGUGGAGACACCUCUCCACCAUGCAGCUUCUUCUGGCAGAGCAGAUGUUUUCCAUCUACUGAUGAAACAUGGGGCAAGCAUGGAGUUGAGGAGCGAUCUGGGAGAAACUCCUCUUCAUUCAGCUUGUUACCAUGCGGAAGAUGA